AUGGCGUCUUUUAAGGACAGACUAAAGCAGCAGCUGAGCUCGUCUUUGUACCAGAGUAUAGAGUGUGCGAUGCAGGAGAUGUUGGGGCAGGUGGAGAGCCUGGUGGAGAGGGCUGUGGAGAGGGCCCUGCUCCCAGAGGACCAGGGGACACUCCUGGACUGUCCCAGUCUCACUUCAGCAGUCUUUCAGAUCAACAUCUCUGAAGCGCUUGUGGCUGGAACCAGUGGAAACACAGAGUUCUCAGGAACAGGUGUUAUUCAAGAGCAGGACUUUGGCGACUGCUUUAAUGUGAAAGUGGAAAACAUUCAACAAGAACAAGACGAAACAAGAGCAACACCAUCAAGAGGUUGGCAGAAUAAAGAUUCAGUUAAAACAGAGGAGGUGACACAGUCUGAAGUGACGCCACACUGCAGUGAUGCCUGUGGGACAGCUGCCCCCGAGGUGAACAUCUCUCAGCUCCAGCUCAGUUCAAAUCAGAGUCUGUCUGUAGACGGACGACAGACAGACCCUUUUUUAGACAGUGACGACAGCAACGAGACGUGGGACAGACUAAAGCAGCAGCUGAGCUCGUCUUUGUACCAGAGUAUAAAGUGUGCGAUGCAGGAGAUGUUGGGGCAGGUGGAGAGCCUGGUGGAGAGGGCUGUGGAGAGGGCCCUGCUCCCAGAGGACCAGGGGACACUCCUGGACUGUCCCAGUCUCACUUCAGCAGUCUCUCAGAUCAACAUCUCUGAAGCCCACCUCAGAUCAAAUGAAGCACUUGUGGCUGGAACCAGUAAAAACACAGAGUUCUCAGGAACAGGUGUUAUUCAAGAGCAGGACUUUGGCGACUGCUUUAAUGUGAAAGUGGAAAACAAUCAACAAGAACGAGACGAAACAAGAGCAACACCAUCAAGAGGUUGGAAGAAUAAAGAUUCAGUUAAAAAAGAGGAGGUGACACAGUCUGAAGUGACGCCACACUGCAGUGAUGUCUGUGGGACAGCUGCCCCCGAGGUGAACAUCUCUCAGCUCCAGCUCGGUUCAAAUCAGAGUCAGUCUGUAGACGGACGACAGACAGACCCUUUUUUAGACAGUGACGACAGCAACGAGACUUGGUGGGACAGACUAAAGCAGCAGCUGAGCUCGUCUUUGUACCAGAGUAUAGAGUGUGCGGUGCAGGAGAUGUUGGGGCAGGUGGAGAGCCUGGUGGAGAGGGCUGUGGAGAGGGCCCUGCUCCCAGAGGACCAGGGGACACUCCUGGACUGUCCCAGUCUCACUUCAGCUGCCCCCGAGGUGAACAUCUCUCAGCUCCAGCUCAGUUCAAAUCAGAGUCUGUCUGUAGACGGACGACAGACAGACCCUUUUUUAGACAGUGACGACAGCAACGAGACGUGGGACAGACUAAAGCAGCAGCUGAGCUCGUCUUUGUACCAGAGUAUAGAGUGUGCGGUGCAGGAGAUGUUGGGGCAGGUGGAGAGCCUGGUGGAGAGGGCUGUGGAGAGGGCCCUGCUCCCAGAGGACCAGGGGACACUCCUGGACUGUCCCAGUCUCACUUCAGCAGUCUUUCAGAUCAACAUCUCUGAAGCGCUUGUGGCUGGAACCAGUGGAAACACAGAGUUCUCAGGAACAGGUGUUAUUCAAGAGCAGGACUUUGGCGACUGCUUUAAUGUGAAAUUGGAAAACAUUCAACAAGAACAAGACGAAACAAGAGCAACACCAUCAAGAGGUUGGCAGAAUAAAGAUUCAGUUAAAACAGAGGAGGUGACACAGUCUGAAGUGACGCCACACUGCAGUGAUGCCUGUGGGACAGCUGCCCCCGAGGUGAACAUCUCUCAGCUCCAGCUCAGUUCAAAUCAGAGUCUGUCUGUAGACGGACGACAGACAGACCCUUUUUUAGACAGUGACGACAGCAACGAGACGUGGGACAGACUAAAGCAGCAGCUGAGCUCGUCUUUGUACCAGAGUAUAAAGUGUGCAGUGCAGGAGAUGUUGGGGCAGGUGGAGAGCCUGGUGGAGAGGGCUGUGGAGAGGGCCCUGCUCCCAGAGGACCAGGGGACACUCCUGGACUGUCCCAGUCUCACUUCAGCAGUCUUUCAGAUCAACAUCUCUGAAGCGCUUGUGGCUGGAACCAGUGGAAACACAGAGUUCUCAGGAACAGGUGUUAUUCAAGAGCAGGACUUUGGCGACUGCUUUAAUGUGAAAUUGGAAAACAUUCAACAAGAACAAGACGAAACAAGAGCAACACCAUCAAGAGGUUGGCAGAAUAAAGAUUCAGUUAAAACAGAGGAGGUGACACAGUCUGAAGUGACGCCACACUGCAGUGAUGCCUGUGGGACAGCUGCCCCCGAGGUGAACAUCUCUCAGCUCCAGCUCAGUUCAAAUCAGAGUCUGUCUGUAGACGGACGACAGACAGACCCUUUUUUAGACAGUGACGACAGCAACGAGACUUGGUGGGACAGACUAAAGCAGCAGCUGAGCUCGUCUUUGUACCAGAGUAUAAAGUGUGCAGUGCAGGAGAUGUUGGGGCAGGUGGAGAGCCUGGUGGAGAGGGCUGUGGAGAGGGCCCUGCUCCCAGAGGACCAGGGGACACUCCUGGACUGUCCCAGUCUCACUUCAGCUGCCCCCGAGGUGAACAUCUCUCAGCUCCAGCUCAGUUCAAAUCAGAGUCUGUCUGUAGACGGACGACAGACAGACCCUUUUUUAGACAGUGACGACAGCAACGAGACGUGGGACAGACUAAAGCAGCAGCUGAGCUCGUCUUUGUACCAGAGUAUAGAGUGUGCGAUGCAGGAGAUGUUGGGGCAGGUGGAGAGCCUGGUGGAGAGGGCUGUGGAGAGGGCCCUGCUCCCAGAGGACCAGGGGACACUCCUGGACUGUCCCAGUCUCACUUCAGCAGUCUCUCAGAUCAACAUCUCUGAAGCCCACCUCAGAUCAAAUGAAGCACUUGUGGCUGGAACCAGUAAAAACACAGAGUUCUCAGGAACAGGUGUUAUUCAAGAGCAGGACUUUGGCGACUGCUUUAAUGUGAAAGUGGAAAACAAUCAACAAGAACAAGACGAAACGAGAGCAACACCAUCAAGAGGUUGGAAGAAGAAAGAUUCAGUUAAAACAGAGGAGGUGACACAGUCUGAAGUGACGCCACACUGCAGUGAUGUCUGUGGGACAGCUGCCCCCGAGGUGAACAUCUCUCAGCUCCAGCUCAGUUCAAAUCAGAGUCUGUCUGUAGACGGACGACAGACAGACCCUUUUUAUGACAGUGACGACAGCAACGAGACUUGGGCGAACGCUGACAAGGAUAAUCUGGAGCUUCAAUUGCAACAUGAAGUGGCACGUUUUGACCUCUUCUCUUUGGCUUUGGACGAGAGCUGUGAUGUCCGAGACACGGCCCAGCUACUCGUAUUUGUUCGUGGGAUAACCGGCUUCAAGAUCACGGAGGAGCUGCAGCAGUGCGGCCGAUGA